CUCCAUUCCUUAAAAAUCAUCAAUCAAUUAAGUAAAAUAAUCAAAAAGGAUAAUUUGGGGCACCAUUCUAGCCCUUACAUUAUCCAAGUACCCUUCACUUUAAGGGAGGGUCCUCUUCCUCUCUUUUAUCCAAUUAAGAAAAAAAAAUACAAAUUAAUAAUUGAAAUUCCACAUUCAACCAUCUAAUUGGUACUUCCCCCCUUCUUACAAACAAACUUAUAAAUUAGCUUAAAUGAUCCAUAUUUCUAUCCUUCCAUUCAUUCAAAAUCUCUACAUCCAAAACAAUCAAAAACCCUAAUUCAUCAAUUUGAUCAUUAUUAUCUAAUAAAAAAAAUGCCAUCAAAAUUUUCAAUCCCAUUUAGAAAAAUCCAAAACCCAUCAUCCUUAAUAUCUCUACUUAAACAAUCAAACCCUAAUUAUGACACUAACACCAAAAAAUCAACUCCAAAACCCUCCUCUUCUAAAGGUGGCCUACUUAAAAUGUUCAAACUUUUCCCCCUCCUUACCUCAGGGUGCAAAGUGGUGGCUCUACUAGCCAAAUCCCACCACCUCUACCUCCGGCGGCCAAUGAUAUCGGAUCAUGCAACCAUCAUAACCCUAUUCGGCACACGCCGAGGCCGAAUAACCCUAGCCAUACAAGAAAACCCUCAUGGGAUCCCUAUCUUUAUGGUUGAACUUCCUAUACUUUCAUCCACAUUCUACAAAGAAAUGGGUUGUGAUAUUUUAAGGGUUGCCCUAGAAAGUGAGACUAAAACCCAUAAAAAGAAACUUAUGGAGGAAUUUGUUUGGGCUAUUUAUUGUAAUGGUAGAAAAAUGGGAUAUUCUAUUAGAAGAACACAAUUUUCUGAUGAUGAAAUACAUGUUAUGCAAAUGCUUCGUGGUGUUUCGAUGGGUGUUGGAGUUUUACCAGCACCCUCGUCGAAAAAUAAUAAUCAUGGUCAUAGUCAUGGUCAUGAACAACAGCAUCGUCAUAGUCAUUAUGAUCAUAAUAAUUAUAAUCAUCUUGAUAAUGAUGAUUAUGAUUAUUAUUAUUAUGAUCAUGAUGAUGAACUGAUUAAGAUGGAGAAAGAUGAUAAUGGUGAUCAAUUUACUUAUUUAAGAGCAAGAUUUGAAAGGGUUGUAGGGUCUAAGGAUUCUGAGGCUUUGUAUAUGAUUAAUCCUGAUCAUUCUGAUGGACCUGAGUUGAGUAUUUUCUUUGUUAGAGGUUCAUUUAAAUAGAAAUUUAUUUUAUGUUUGUGUUUAUGUUAAUUAUUAUUUUUGUUAUUUAAGUAUUUGGUACUAUCUAUAUAAACACGGUUCAAUGUUUUAAAUGUUAAUUAAUAAGAAUUUUGAUUAAGUA